UUACUUCUUUUGUAGAACAUGUGUAUUUUUAUGUUUGUCAGUUUUUAGUGUAUACUUCACAAACUUAACCAGGUACAUAUCAGGAACCUCGUAAAACCUCCCUCCACCUUUGAACCCAAUUAUAGGUUGCGGCCCAAUUCGGGCAGGAUGGAGGUCGAGUUUAGCUUGAAGGAGAAAAUUGAGACUCGUUCUGAAAGCGUAGCUAUGCCUGCUCUAGGUACUUCGGAAUCUACGGAUACCAAAUUUAGUGACGAUGAGCUAGUACACGCGCCAGCACCGCAGCACUCACAGCCGCAUCCGCAUAGCAAUACUCAUGCAGUCAAAGAUGGUGAUCGUGAGAACAACACGAGCGGGCCAUCCGCGAACACACCACCAGAAAAGCCCCCUAUUAUGAGUGUAGAAGCCUUUGGUCAUUGGCUUCCCAAACCCUCGUUAUUUUAUAUUGACGCGAGUGUGGUGUUCCUUUUCUCGAUAGUCAUUGCUUUGUUUGGAGUAGUCUAUAUGAACCUCGUUAUGGCCUUUCCAUUAUGGUGGUACCAACAAGAUGGUAAUGAAGACUUUGCCGUCGACCCCACUACUAUGCAACUGCUACAAGGGAGAUGGUGGUGGAUUCUCGUAGGCACACUGACUGGCUUGACUGUGGGGACUCUUCGUGUGCUACUGAAACAAACAGGUCCAAUCCCUUCCUUCGUACAAGAGGUCCAAACCCAACACGCAGACCCUGUCUCGGGUAUCAAAACGUGCUUACUGGCCUGUAUAUCCUUGAUGGGUGGUGCAUCUGUGGGACCUGAAGCUGGCCUGGGCGCGUUUGGUGGCGUAAUGGGUCAUCUCGUUGCGACUAAGCUAUGUACCGGGCCUAUAUUCGCGAAAGAACAGGAUCUGAGGCGUAGACUGUUCACAUUGUGUGGUAUUUCAGCUGCAUUUGGUGCUUUCAUGCCUACCGCGUUUGUGGCGGUGAUGCUGGUGAUGGAGAUAGGAAUGCCUUUCAACACAUGGGGAAUCACCUACAUGCGCAUGUUCACAUUUUUCGCCGUAGCCGGACUCACGGCCUUCGUCGUGUACACAAAUAUUAUCGACCACACAUUUCUCAGCGACAGCUCUAAACUGACAGCACCAGGUCAGGUGCUGUACGUGGACGAAUGGUACAACGUAUUCAUUGGCAUGUCUCUGGGAGUAUUGGCAGCAGCCGUGGCCUUAUUUUACUGUUUCGUUGGUGCAGUGGUCAAAAUUAUGGUGCAAGUUCUCUUUAAAGUCGCACACAAGACUGUUGGGCAUGAUAUAGGCUUCAUUCUCAUUGCGGCGUUGGGUGGUUCGUUAUAUGGGCUGUUUGGCUUCAUCUCGCCGCUGGUGAUGGGUGAUGGCAUCGAGCAGAUGGGUGUCGUGAUUGAACAAGGUGCGCAGAUAGGCACUGUGGAUAUACUGAUAGGUACCAUUCUCAAAAUCUUCGCAUAUCAUGUGUGUAUAGAAACAGGCUUUGUGGGAGGGUUAUUUUUACCUAUAGUGGCUAUCGGUAUCAAUGUGAUGAGAAUCAUGAUGAAUGAGACAAGUAUCAACGGCGCCUUGGCUAUAUCGUGUGGAUUUGCAAUGAUUCCGGGUGCUCUGGUGCCCAUCCCGGUCACGUUAGUAGUGUUCUCUGCUAACACAUUUAUUCUAGGCCCUGCGGCAACCAUCCCCAUAUUCGCCUGUGUUAUUACUGCGUACUUUGUAUUCAUGGCUAUGGGUCUGCCGCAGUUUUUGGCACGAAAGGGUUAUGAGCGCAGAAACAAAUCAUUAACGGAAUUUGGUGGAGAAAUGCACUCGACUGUGCCCAAAGUGACUGAGGUAACGAACUAGUGACGGGGUAUAAAUAUGGUUAUUAGUGAACAGUGGACACAUUAUUGAUAAAAAUUCUACGUUGAAGUUGUUCGUAUAAUAUAUCCUCGCAUAUAUGUCAGCAAUCACAGUUAGAAUGCUUGAGAGUAUAUAUUCCUAAGCACACACCAAGACUGGGUUUGAUGGAGCGAUUGCAAAAAUCGACCUAAAAAGGAGCUGCUAAAGUGCACAGUUCCCAAAAGCAAUUGAACCCCCAUCGACUGCUCGAUUGUUGUGCUGUUUUGUAUUCCAUGCUCCGAACAAGGAGAAAAACGCGAAAGACUAUAUAUAGAUCUGGGUCUUGUGAAAUGAAGUGGAAGUGGUGAUUUUGAUAGUGCACGACUUAUACCCACUAGGAGUUCUACGACUGCUUAACAGCUUAACAAUUCGCGUAAUGAGAAAAAUACCUUACACUCUCCGAAAAAUAAAAGAAUACUUCUGGAUGGCUC